CAGUGGGCGUUCAAAGUGCUUUCCUUCUGUUUCUCCAAACGUAAAUUCUCGGUUCCCCACCGUAGCCGUUUCACUCUCUCUCUCUCUCUUUGAAGUCCAAAGUCCAAACAAUAUAUUUGUCUCUUCCACCUACAAAAAAAAAAGAACAGAAGACCAAAGAAAGAUAGCAAAAGAAAGAAAGACAUGGGUGGGGGUGCGAUGAAGAUCGUUUUUGGGCUGUUAACACUCGUUACUGUUGGAAUGAUUAUAGGUGCUUUGUUUCAAUUAGCAUUUAUACGAAGGUUGGAAGCCUCCUAUGAGUUUCCAUCAUCUAGAAGAUUGCAGGGAAACGAGAAUGAUGGCUAUCUUCAGCUUCCCAGAGGUAUUCCCGAUUGGAAUAAUGACAAAGACGCAAGAAUUUUACGUCUUGGAUAUGUCAAACCUGAAAUAAUCAGCUGGUCACCUCGAAUCAUUGUACUUCAUAAUUUUCUGAGCAUGGAGGAAUGCGACUACCUUAGAGCAAUGGCCCUCCCCCGACUUGAAAUUUCAACUGUAGUGGAUACAGCAACUGGGAAGGGAAUUAAAAGUAGUGUAAGGACUAGCUCAGGAAUGUUCUUAAAUCGUGAAGAAAAGAAGUAUCCAAUGAUACAGGCAAUUGAAAAAAGAAUUUCUGUCUAUUCUCAAGUGCCAGUUGAAAAUGGGGAACUCAUACAAGUAUUAAGGUAUGAGAAGAGUCAGUAUUACCAACCGCAUCAUGACUACUUCUCUGAUUCUUUCAAUGUGAAGUAUGGCGGUCAGCGCAUAGCAACAGUCCUCAUGUAUUUAAGUGAUAACGUUGAAGGAGGAGAAACAUAUUUCCCUAUGGCUGGUUCGGGUGAAUGUAGCUGUGGUGGGAAGAAGCUCAAGGGGAUGUCUGUAAAACCAAAUAAAGGAGAUGCUGUGCUUUUUUGGAGCAUGGGACUAGAUGGACAGUCGGAUAUAAAUAGCAUACAUGGAGGAUGUGAGGUGCUCUCAGGUGAAAAGUGGUCGGCUACGAAAUGGAUGAGGCAGAGAGCUCUCUCGCCACCAUAGCUUUACCAAUACAAUCUCUAAAAAAUAUACUAAAGGGGUCCCUUUUCAUGGGUUUUUUCUUUUCCCCUGGUAGAUUGGACACAUGUUUAAAUGGUCAGUGAAUGUGAAUAAUGUCAUAUGUAAGUUAUAAAUUAAGCCUAAAAUCCAAAAGUGUUGGUGAAAAUACCAAAUAAUCAAAGUCCAUAUGAUUAGCCAGAGCGAGUUAA